GGAAGGAACGCAAGGUCACAUGUAGAUCUUUUACAAUGGAUAAAACAAGUCAGAAUACAACUUCUAAGUCAGCGUUUCAUCCUGACGGAAGGUUUCAAUGUUAUGGUUUCGGUUUUAAUGGCUUUCGACAAAUUACUGCCAAAGCUAUAAACGCAAAUGAAAGCCGAGAAGUGGAUUUCGAGACUGGUGGAUCACAUCCCGCUUCAGUCCUAACACCUGUUCAGCUGAAUUUUGACUGUGUUAGUAGUAUACUGGCUUCCUGGUCGAGCACAUUUUAUCUUAAAGAGAAUGGUACUAUCAAUAAGGUUGGAUGGAAUUCUAAAACAAAAAUGUUUGGGGAAGAGGAAAAUCUUUUUCCAGAUCAUUUUGUUACAGAUGCAUGCUGUAGCUGGACACAACUUGUCUUUCUGACCAAAGAUGGAGAUUGCUUACAAUGGACUGAUUACACUAGAUUUAACAAAGAAUUAAAACCUGUGAAAGUCUGCAGUAAUGGCACAAAAUUCAAAGAAGUUGGCUGCAGAGAGUCCAGCUGCAUUUUGGUCACAGGAAAUGGACAGGCUGGUGUCAUCUGCAAUGAUCAAGUGAAAGAUGGUGCUGUCGCAAAACCAGUUCCUGUGUUUAAAGCAAUAGCCAUAGAUAAAGAGAUAACUUCAGUUGCUUGUGGCAAAGAACAUGCUCUGCUGUUGACUUCAUCAGGAACUGUCUACACCCUUGGAAGUGGAAGUCGUGGACAGCUUGGUCGUGGAUUAAUAGUUGAAGAGCAAAGUUCAGAGGUUGUUCCAGCUCUGGAAGGAAUCAGAAUGCUGUUUAUAGCAGCAGGUGGCUGGCAUUCAGCAGCAAUAAGUGAAUUUGGUGACCUCUACAUGUGGGGAUGGAAUGAGAAGGGGCAGCUGGGUUUGGCUGUCAAUCCAAAUGACACACUGUCGUCAAGUGGUGGCCAGGUUCAAUGUCAGACAGUGCCAGUUCCUGUCAGCUUUCCAGAUGAUUUAGAGGUACUGAUGGUCAGCUGUGGAUCAAGGCACACAGCAGCAGUUCUUGGAGAUGGGAGUGUCUGGACAUGGGGUUGGGGCUACUAUGGCCAACUCGGACACGGAGACCGAGUGGACAGAUCUGCGCCGACGCAAGUAGCAGCCCUAUUGUCAUUGAGGCUCAAACCUAAAACGCUUUAUUGUGGUGCUUGGUCGACGUUUUUAAUGAGUUCGAAAUGAUCUGUGAUGUGUUAAGGUCAUGUCCACCUUAAUUAGUUUGGAGGGUUAUCGUGGAGGACCCCCCAACAGUUUCGUGAUUUUAUGAAUCGUCGCCACUGUGGAGAUAUCGUGGAACAGCAUUAUCAUGAAGGUUCAGCUGACAAACUCGCCUGAACUCUGAAAACCAAAACGAAUGCAACCAAAACAGCCAA